UGCCGACACCGUUGAAAUCUACCCACAUUUACGUACAUGUACGCCCGUCCAAACCGGAAGUGCGUAGUUGACUCCGGUGUACACAGCGCGCGGCACUGUUCAGUCUGCAAUGUUCUACCUGUACUAAGGAGCUUUUUUGUUCCCUGUCUGUGUGUGUGGAGCGGCCGGAUAAUCAUCCGCUAUCCAGUAACCGAUCGACACUUUCAACCUGAUGCUAAUCGUUUAAUAGUUACUAGAGCGGAUGCUGCCAGUGCGCCGGGGUUUUUGUUAUGCUAACGCAACGCGGAAAUAUUAUGCACUGGGAGAAGGGUCUGUGUGGCCGGCUGACUAUCUGUGUGGUGAGCGCGGCGGGUGGCCAAUGAGACGGGGGAAUUUUUUCCGAGGAAUCCGAGGAGUGUUGGCAUAACAGGAAGCGGUUUUUGCUGUCACAGGUGAAUAUACACGGGACACGCCGGUAAAUUCUGUCUCUACAUGGUGGGACGCAUCGGUAUGCGGAAAUCCAGUGUCAUAUCCGGUAUGCAGCCGACGCCGCCCCGUGACGGUAGUGUGGGGAGUCCCCGCGGGGCGCUGACGUUUCGGGGAUCGCGGGGGGAUAUCAGCGGCACGUUGGGGCUGGAUACGGCGCUCAACUGUCUCGUCCAGUGUCCGGCGCUGGCGCACGGCGUGGAAGCCGGGGAAUUCAUCGGCACGUUCGGGCCGGAGUGUGUGUGGCGGAUCUAUGAUGUGACGCGGAGGAGUGACAAGGAGGCGUUAUCGGUCUUCAUCUUCGAGAAGCGCAUAGCGGAAAAGCUGCACAAGCCCAAACGGAAGGGGACAAUUACGGAAUUAUACAAGCGUGGCUGCAGCCAUUUAGAGCGUAUGCAGCACAUCCGCUUCCUCAAACUGAUGCAGGCCACCGAGGAGACCGCGGAUGCCCUUUUGUUCGUCAGUGAAGCGGUGGUGGGGAGUUUGUUCGAUGUCAUCAGUAAGGACAGGGGGCGGAAAAUCUUCGGUCAACCGGAUAAUUUACUGGAAUGCCCAUUACUGGAUCUGGAGAUCAAAUGCGGCAUCGCUCAAAUCACGGAAGCUCUCAUUCAUCUGCACAGCACGGAGCACUGCAUGCACGGCAAUGUUUGUCCCGAGACUAUUCUCGUCCUGGCUAACGGAUCCUGGAAAUUGGCUGGCCUGGAGUUUGCUGAGAAGUCACCGAAUCGAGUGCUGGGCGUACGUCUGCGGGAGUUUAUGGUGCAGAUGCCUAAUUACUUACAAGAAGCGGUGGAGAAUUUGCUGCACCGCGAUCCCCGACACCGGCCAACCGCCCAGUUAUUCUCCAUGGCCAAGUAUUUCAACGAUCCAGCGUUAACAUGCCUCCGCCGUCUGGAUUACCUUGACCAAAUGUUUCCGUCGCAAAAAGCCGAAUUCUAUCCGGCGCUACGAGAUGCACUACACAGCGUUCCUCGUAAACUCUGGCAGACGCGUGUCCUACCGGCUCUGUCGCGCGAUCUAGCCAAUCAGGAUUUAGGCAUGGCUCCCUACGCCAUCUAUCCGUUAAGUUACAUGAUCGAACAUUCGGAUAAAUUGGACUAUCAAGAGCUGUACAAGCCCAGCGUGCAGUACAUCUUUGACUGCCCCGACAAGCCCAUCGAGACGCAGAUUAUUCUGCUGCGCAAUCUGUCUAGUUUCGCGAAGCUGGCCACACCCGAGGAGGUUCGAAGUGAGCUCAUACCGGUGCUGGAUGGGGCGUUGCAGUCGGUUAAUUCCGAUGUUCUGGAAGCCGGCGUUCAGUGUUUUGCAAGAUUUUAUCCUAUCAUCCGUGAUGACACUAUCAAAGUGGAGCUUUUCCAAACGCUGAAAACGCUUUUCCGCAAAGGAACCGACUAUUCCGUUAAGGUUCAACCCGUCAUUAUUUCCUCGCUGGAUAAGAUUCUCGACCAUCUGACAAAAAGUUUCGUCUUAGACGAAAUGCUUCCCGUCCUGGCUGAUGAGCGAUUAACAUACUCCGUCGACAGUAUUAAUGCUCUUGUUGAUUUAUACCGGCACAUCUUCAAAGACAGCCGUUUCUCCCUGAGUCCCGAGCAGCUGACCAAAUACAUCCUUCCGGCCCUCAUCCCCUUCCUGACCCAUCCCGAUCUGUCGAAAGAGCAGUACCUCAACAUGGACGCAUUCCUCAAAGAGGCCCUAUCCCUGGUGGAUAAGCGUCAACGCACCCGCUACAAACUGGAUGUCUCCCCCAGCACGCCCAGUCCCAGCGCUUUCGCCAGCACCGGGCGUCUGUUGAGCGAUGGCCGCGAAUACAGCACCACCAGCGCCAACAACUCACGCCGCGGCAGCAUGACCGGGGAAGGGCUAAAAGUCAUGAACGGGAUGGCCGGAUUGGGCGGGCCGCAUAUCGUGUUCACGACGGGCGACGGGUCCAAUGCGUCGUCGCGGUCAUCGUCCCCUACGCAUUCCAGUCGCCGGUCGUCGUAUCAGCAGAGUAUCAGCCGGGAUCGUUCGUCGUCUGUGUAUCUGAAUGUGGAGGAGACAUCGGCAAGUCGGUCACGAACAAGUCCUACUUCGCCGGAGCGCCGUGGAAGCUUUCUGGGUCUGCAAGGAUUCCCAGCUGGAUUGAAUGCAAAUCAGCGCCGGCAUUCGGCAGUGAGCAUACAAGCAAUCAGUUCCCAUAUGGUUUCGUUGUUCGCUGGCAGAACUUGAUCUACCUCGAUAUACUCUCCCGGAUUGUAGUAUUCCGCUACGAUGCAUAGAGUUUUAUAUUUGCUACUAUGUUGUACAUAGCUUCCAUGUGGGGUUUCUUUCAUUUUUAAACGCAAUAUAUUGUGAUGAAUGCUGCUGUUCAUCAGAGUUUUAACACAUCUGAUUGUACCUAGAUUUUGACCCAAUAACCACUACGAGUACUGGUGAGAAUCAGAUAACACAACAUGUUACAAGGCAAACUGUAACAUUUCUUCACUCAAUAGCAACGUCUUGAUGUUUUUGUGUGCAUUAAUUAUUAUGGCUCUGUGUGCUGGGUGGAUUAUUUUGGAUCCUAAUAACACUGCUUUCUGCGGAUGGGCAAGCAGCAGGCCGCAUGCUCUUAUGAUGAAAUGCGCAACAACCAGGA